CUUCGUGAAACCAUCUUGUAAAGUAAAGUGAAGUGACUAAUCGAAGUGAUCGUAAAGUAUUAAAUAGACAGCUAUUUGUUAAAACAAUUGUGCAUUAUAGAAAAACAUUUAAGUGAAAAUCAAAUUCGUUUUAGCAGAAAUACAUCUUGAUUGUAAAUUUGGGGUUAAUAAUCUUUCAAAAUGCAGAUCUUUGUGAAAACUCUCACAGGGAAAACCAUUACUUUGGAGGUAGAACCUUCAGAUACCAUUGAAAACGUUAAAGCUAAGAUACAAGAUAAAGAAGGAAUCCCACCAGAUCAGCAACGUUUGAUUUUUGCUGGUAAGCAAUUGGAAGACGGCAGAACUUUGUCUGACUACAAUAUCCAAAAGGAAUCAACAUUGCAUUUAGUAUUACGUCUUCGUGGAGGUAUGCAAAUCUUUGUAAAAACAUUGACUGGAAAAACUAUUACAUUAGAGGUAGAGCCCUCUGAUACCAUUGAGAAUGUAAAAGCUAAAAUCCAAGAUAAAGAAGGAAUUCCACCAGAUCAGCAGCGUUUGAUCUUUGCUGGAAAACAAUUAGAAGAUGGAAGAACUUUGUCUGAUUACAACAUCCAAAAAGAAUCUACACUCCACUUAGUUCUUAGAUUGCGUGGUGGUAUGCAAAUCUUUGUUAAAACCUUAACUGGAAAAACCAUCACAUUGGAAGUUGAACCUUCAGAUACCAUUGAAAACGUUAAAGCUAAGAUUCAAGAUAAAGAAGGAAUUCCACCAGAUCAGCAGCGUUUGAUCUUUGCUGGCAAACAAUUAGAAGAUGGAAGAACUUUGUCUGAUUACAACAUCCAAAAAGAAUCUACACUCCACUUAGUUCUUAGAUUGCGUGGCGGUAUGCAAAUCUUUGUUAAAACCUUAACUGGAAAAACCAUCACAUUGGAAGUUGAACCUUCAGAUACCAUUGAAAAUGUGAAAGCUAAGAUUCAAGAUAAAGAAGGAAUCCCACCAGAUCAACAGCGUUUGAUCUUUGCAGGUAAACAAUUGGAAGAUGGCAGAACAUUGUCAGACUACAAUAUCCAAAAAGAAUCUACUCUGCAUUUAGUUCUGCGUCUUCGUGGAGGUAUGCAAAUUUUUGUUAAAACCUUAACUGGAAAAACUAUCACAUUGGAAGUUGAACCAUCAGACACUAUUGAAAACGUAAAAGCAAAAAUUCAAGACAAAGAAGGUAUUCCACCAGAUCAGCAACGUUUGAUCUUUGCUGGUAAACAAUUAGAAGAUGGCAGAACUUUGUCUGACUACAAUAUUCAAAAGGAAUCAACAUUACAUUUAGUAUUACGUCUUCGUGGAGGUAUGCAAAUCUUUGUAAAAACUUUGACCGGUAAAACUAUUACCUUGGAAGUUGAACCUUCAGAUACAAUUGAAAAUGUGAAAGCUAAAAUCCAAGAUAAAGAGGGAAUUCCACCAGACCAGCAACGUUUGAUCUUUGCUGGUAAACAAUUAGAAGAUGGCAGAACUUUGUCUGACUACAAUAUUCAAAAGGAAUCCACGCUCCACUUGGUACUUAGAUUGCGUGGUGGUAUGCAAAUUUUUGUUAAAACCUUAACUGGCAAAACAAUUACAUUAGAGGUAGAGUCUUCUGAUACAAUUGAGAAUGUAAAAGCUAAAAUCCAAGACAAAGAAGGAAUUCCACCAGACCAGCAACGUUUAAUUUUUGCCGGCAAACAAUUAGAAGAUGGUAGAACAUUGUCAGACUACAAUAUCCAAAAAGAGUCUACCCUCCACUUGGUUCUUAGAUUGCGUGGUGGUAUGCAAAUUUUUGUAAAAACUUUGACUGGUAAAACAAUCACACUGGAAGUGGAACCAUCAGAUACCAUUGAAAAUGUAAAAGCUAAAAUUCAAGAUAAAGAAGGUAUUCCACCAGAUCAGCAACGUCUUAUUUUUGCUGGAAAACAAUUAGAAGAUGGCAGAACAUUAUCAGAUUAUAACAUUCAAAAGGAGUCAACCCUGCAUUUGGUAUUGCGUCUUCGUGGAGGUAUGCAAAUCUUUGUUAAAACUUUAACUGGUAAAACUAUCACAUUGGAGGUUGAACCCUCUGAUACCAUCGAGAAUGUUAAAGCAAAAAUCCAAGACAAAGAAGGUAUUCCACCAGAUCAGCAACGUUUGAUCUUUGCUGGCAAACAAUUAGAAGAUGGAAGAACAUUGUCAGAUUACAAUAUACAAAAGGAAUCUACUCUUCAUUUAGUUCUUAGAUUGCGUGGUGGUAUGCAAAUUUUUGUUAAAACCUUAACUGGUAAAACAAUCACAUUGGAAGUUGAACCAUCAGAUACCAUAGAAAAUGUAAAAGCAAAAAUCCAAGACAAAGAAGGUAUUCCACCGGAUCAGCAACGUUUGAUCUUUGCCGGCAAACAAUUAGAAGAUGGAAGGACAUUGUCAGAUUACAAUAUUCAGAAGGAGUCUACUCUCCAUUUAGUGUUACGUUUGAGAGGAGGGUUUUAAGAAUCUCAUAACUGUUUUUUAUAUAAAUGUGAUUUAAUUUUAUCUAUUUUUAUUUUAUUAUUCUAAAUAAACAUGUGUAUGAAUU